AUGAAAGCCGGGGCCACGGAGCGGGUCAGACUCGCUGCCGUCGCCGACGGAGGCGGCGCCGGCAAUUUCGCAACUUUCUUCGGCGCUUUUCUUCCAUUGCCACGAGGCGAUUGGAGCAGGUUUGCGUUUCUGCCCGUCAAGGGACGUCCCAGUGCCACCUCGGAUGGCGACCAACUCCGCACCAACUCCAUGUAUCUGGUCGCCGCUUCCGCUCUGAGCGUUACCUCGUCGGAUCCUUUCUCGGCGUUCGGGCAAGAGGCAUCAUCUGUACCUCACGUGCAGCGCUGGUCCUCGGGGGUCGUCCGGGUGCUGAACCGGACCACAGAAAUUCCUGUUGCAGAGAUCCAUUAUUGCUAG